AUGAAACGCCUUCUCGUUAUAUUCACGAUAAUAAUCUCAGCAUAUGCAAGGCGGAAACCAACAUGCCAUGCAUGCAUAAACUCAGUGUGCUACAACCGGGAACUAAUUAUGAGGGGCUUCAAACUCUCCGGCCAGCUAGCUAUCGACAGAACGUCAAAUAUUUUAUACUUUCAUUACCGGCACAAGCGUAAAGAAGUCACUGGAGCCUUCAGUUUAGAUGAAGUGAAGCUGAGCAUUUUGCCGUUAAAUUUUACUUUUGGACGAGCUGUUGAUCAACUAACUAGAAAUUUAUACACGUCCGGGGUACAAGGAAUAUAUAUAUACAAACCAAUCAAUAACUCAACAGAACUUUACGCUUUGAAAGACAAAACCAUUUGGCAUAUGCAGUAUGAGGACAAAUUAUUUUACACGGAAUUCAAAAGCAAAGGACUUUUUAAAUACGAGAAUAAAAAAUCUAUCAAAAUUCCCGAACUUGCAGAUUAUCAAAUCGAUAACUUUAUUAUAGAUGGACAUAAAGAUAUAUAUUUUAUGAGUAAUUACUCAAUUCACGUAUUAAGAAAUGGCAGUAAAGAGGUUGAACUUUUUGAAGACGAAAUAUAUUAUAUGUCCACGGAUAAAAAUGGAAUUGCAUACUUUAUACAGCCUUACACUAAAGGUUUAUAUAAAAUAAAUGAUAUUGGAAAAUUAACAGAAGUUGGGGCUUUUCAGAAAGAUUCGGUGUUUUUAUUCGUUUUUGAUAGUGAAAAUAAUAUUAUAUACGAAGGAAAUGAUUCCAGUGUGUAUUAUUUGGCGCCAAAAUUAACUAAAUGCAGUGUUACGACAAAAGGCGUGGGUAAAUUUAGGAAGAAAAUAAUAUCCACUACUGACCAAUGA